GCAAUAAGUAGUUCAGGCGGCGGUCAUCUCAUUCCGUCAGACGAUGUAUGGUAUAAAAGCAGCCUCUUAGCCAUGUUCUUCCGCUCCAUCCUCACCGUCACCCUUUCCGCUGUUGUGCUCGUCUACGCCACCGCCAUCACUCGUGAAGUCAAGAUACCCAGUGGCUCGGACGUCAAACAAUGGUGCACGCAGUGGGAGACUAGCUGUGCUUCGACCGUUGGUGUCUCGGGUACGCCCGCCACUAGGUGUGGCCCCGGAGACAACGGCGCGGAUACCGCCCGUGUAUACUGCAUGUCCGUCUACGGCGACGACGCUGGCGAGACCACGGAUUUGACGGAGGACAACGCUCAGGCGAUGGGUGUCCAGUUCGCUUGAGAGUACGUUGGAACAGUGGGAGGAGAAUAAUGCGGUGAAACAGGUGAUCGUGCGGAAAGGGGAUGACUAUCGAGGAGUCGGCAUCGUUUGGAUAUUUGAGUGUGGACGCGUAUGAGGUCGACGGCAUCGCACUAAGUGGCCUAGUUUCUGAUGAUGUUUUUUCUCUGCAAUGGGUGAUUUGGUGGCGUUACAACUUGAAUGCUCGUUUGACGACUGAUUUCCACCGUACUGCGUGCUUCUGCAUGGAGAAAUGUAUGCGAUAACUAUUCCGAAGUAGACACCUUUUCCGAUCCUUGAUUUUGCCCGGAUGGCUUGCCACAGCACAUCACGCCACAUACCGGCA